AAAAGAAUCACAUUUUCAUAUGGGAUUCGGUCCUGUAUAUAACUCUUACCCCUGCUACUUUACGAUCACUUUUCCUUGUUCUUCUUAAAUCACAUCGAAAACUUGAAGUUUUAAUGGCACAUCAGGGGUCUUGUUAUCGUAAUUACGUCGUCUCGUUUGUCAUUCUUACUUGUAUUUCUUCAUCAAUCCAGCAAGUUUCUUCGAAGCUUGUAUUGGAAGACGGUUACCAAGUCACUACCAUACUUGAUGGGAAUAAGUUGAAUAACAUUAUAAAUCCUUCAUCUCUUCUUCCUAGAGAUGAUCAACUUAUUAUUCUUGAUACACCCAGCAGUUCUUUUUACACCGUAUCAGUCCCUAUUUCCCAAGAUUCGGAGAUUAAUCGAUUAUCCGGUAAUGGAGUGGCUGGAUUCUCAGAUGGAGAUUUCGGUUCUGCAAUGUUCGAUAGACCACGAAGUUUUGCUGUUGAUUUGAAGGGCAAUGUUUAUGUAGCUGAUAAAAACAACCAUGCCAUCAGGAAAAUUACUAGAGAAGGUGUGGUUACAAUUGCGGGAGGAUAUUCAAGGAAGCCGGGGAAGGCAGAUGGCCCUGCUCAAAAUGCAUCAUUCUCAGAAGAUUUUGAACUGUUCUUUGUCCCGAAAUUGUGCGCCUUAUUGAUAGCUGACCGAGGAAGUAGAUUGGUUCGUCAAAUAAGUUUGAAGCCAAAUGACUGUACAUUUGAUUCUCAGUCAAAGCUAGGUUUGACUUCAGUGUCAUUGAUUGGAGUCUUUUGCUUCAUCCUUGGUGUGGUGAUUGCAUUUGGAUAUCAAUUUCUUGUUUCUCGUGGACUCUCCAGCAACCAUCUUUUCAAAGCGACAUGGAAGCCUUGCCGAAUCAAUCUGGGGAAGACAAUACAGAUCAUCUGCUCAGACAUAAUAAACGCAGUUGUUAAAUCAACACUUUACAUGCUCAUUGCUAAGCUUGGUUGGCUGAGCAUAUCUCAUCUUGCUCUUAUGUUUAGGAUCCAUAGACUAGAAAGAAACAACUUUUGUGAAAAUAAUUUUUCUUUGUUAGAUUCAAAUUGUUCAAACAACCGUGAAGUACCCAAGGAACAGGUGAUGGUUGACCAAUUGAGCGAUUUAAUUAGUUUUGAUGAAGACGUUGAUACUGGAUCAAGAAGAUCAAGAAUCAUGUUGCCUUGGUAGCAGUAGUAGGAUAGAUUGUAUGAUAGAAAGUAAUGUUAUGGAGUUCGAUGAACAGGUUAGAGUUGAACACCGUAGUGAUGCGUCUUUGAUGUGCAGUUCAAGUUUAAUUAAGAGGAAGUAGCAAUAGCUAGUACGGGGGUUCAGCAGCUAUAAAUAUUUCUUGUGAAUGUAUAUAAUGGUGUAAUCAAAUUCAAGUGUGUUUUCUUGUUGUUCUCGAACCUAAGUAUUUGCUCUUUGCUUGCUGCUUAUUAAAUGUCUUUGUGGAUCUGAGUGAUCGGUAAAA